UUGAAAAAUUACAAUUAUUUUGUAAUACCACUUUUAUAAAACCUUAGAUAAGUACAAAAUUCUAUAUAACACAAUACAUACAUUGAAUGCGUUUAUUAUAUUAUACGUUCAUAAUAAUCGCGAAUAGUAAAAUAAGAUAAUAAAUAAUAAUAUUUUUAAUAAACAACCAUUUUCUUUGUCUAUACAUAUUAGUAAAUUACUUAUGACCCAAUUACUGAAUUAAAAAAACAACAGUGGAAAGUUAAAAUUUACAAUUAAUAGCAUAAUAAAGUUACUUCUUGAAAACGAAAUGGAUACAACAUUCCUGCCAGAAUAUUUAGAAUUACUAGUGAAAAAUUGGCUUUCAUGGAAUCAAUUGUGAUUUUCAGUCACAACAAUAUGCUGUCGAACUAGCAGAAAUACUUGUAGAGAAAAAUGUGGAUAAAAUAAAAAAUAUGUUUGAUGGUCGCCUGUCAUUUGGAACAGCGGGCCUGAGAGGAGCGAUGAGUCCCGGUUUCAAACGGAUGAAUGAUCUAGUAGUCAUACAAUCUGCUCAAGGGCUUUUGUAUUACAUGCUUAGUGUCUUUGGGGAUUCAUUAAAAACAUCCGGUAUCAUUAUUGGAUAUGAUGGAAGAUAUAAUAGUAGAAGAUUUGCAGAAUUGACAUCACAAGUUUUCUUAAAACAUUCUGUCAAAGUAUAUCUAAUGAAUGAAGUCUGCCCAACUCCAUUUGUGGCUUUCGGAAUAAAGUUAUACAAAUGUUGUGGUGGGAUAAUGGUAACUGCGUCACAUAAUCCAAAAGAAGAUAAUGGUUAUAAAGUAUUCUGGGAAAAUGGAGCACAAAUUAUCUCUCCGAUUGACAAAAAUAUUGAAAAAAGUAUUACUGAACAUUUAGAGCCUGAAGAUGUUUGGAAUACUGAAGACAUUUAUAGUAAUAAUUUGUUAGUAAAUCCAUUAAUUGACCUGCAGAAACAUUACAACUGUUAUGUUGACAAAAUGUUGUUUCCUAAUUUGGAUAAAAAGAAUACAAAUACAGUUUUCACAUAUACCCCUAUGCAUGGUGUAGGCUAUAAUUAUAUAAAAAAUGUGUUUGAAAAUGCAAAAUUUAAUCCAGUGGUAGUUGUUGAACAACAAAAAGAUCCAAACCCAGAAUUUCCAACUGUUCCAUUCCCAAACCCAGAAGAGGGUAAAAGUGCAUUAAAAUUGGCAAUAGAAACAGCUGAAAACAACUGUAGUCGUAUUAUACUUGCUAACGAUCCUGAUGCCGACAGAUUAGCUGUAGCUGAACAUCCGAUAGGUAGCAAUGACUGGAAAAUAUUUACUGGAAACGAACUUGGAGCUUUGUUAGGGUGGUGGGUGAUACAUACAUACAAAAAAAUACACGGUAAAACAAAUCCUAAAUUGGUUGUAUUAUCAAGCACAGUAUCAUCUGCAAUACUUAAAUCCAUGGCUAAAAUUGAAGGCAUCAAAUUUGAAGAAACACUCACUGGGUUCAAGUGGAUGGGAAAUAGAGCUGAUCAGCUGUCUGCUGAAGGAUAUAACGUAAUUUAUGCCUUUGAAGAGUCUAUUGGUUACAUGUGCAGCAGUGAGGUUCUGGAUAAAGAUGGAAUAUCUGCUGCUGUUAAAAUUUCAGAACUAGCUAUAUACUUAGAAAAAGAAAAUAGAACAUUAUCUUCAGCUUUAGAAUUUAUAUACAAACAAUAUGGUUGGCAUUUAUCCGUAAACUCGUAUUUUAUAUGCAACGAUAGCUUGAUGAUAAAGAAAAUAUUUGAAUCAAUUAGACAAAAUAAUAAUCAGCCAAACAAUUAUCCAAAAUCCAUUCUCGGAGGACGAUAUUCAAUUAAAUCGGUUCGAGAUAUGACAACUGGAUAUGAUUCCAGUACUAUAGAUCAUAAACCAGUAUUGUCUGUAUCAAAAUCAUCUCAAAUGAUAACAUUUCAUUUUGAUAAUGGUUUGAUUGCUACAUUACGAACAAGUGGAACAGAACCCAAAAUAAAAUAUUAUGCUGAAUUAUGCAGUGAACCUGAAAAUUCUUCUGAUGUUAACAAAUUGAAAAGCGUCCUGGAUGAAAUGGUGGAAGGAAUAAUUGAAGAAUUUUUAAAACCACAAGAAAAUUCUCUUAUUUUUCGCAAUAACUAGUUAAAGACAAAUAGACAUUACUCAGAUUAUUUUGUAUAUUAAUUUAAAAUUUAAAAUAGAUUCAAGAUUGUUAUAAAAUUAAUUUUUAAAUUAAUACUGGAUUUGAUGGUAGUUAUUAAAUAGAAGCGAACAGUGGUCAAUAGUCAUACUUAAACAUUCCAAUGAAAAGAAUAUAAUCCAAUUAUUUCAAUUAUUUAUUGUAAAUAAACAUAUGUAUUAAAUAUUGGUAUAAAAAUGCA